AUGGACCAGGGUCCGCCAGAAGACAUCGACCCUAUCUGGAUGUCCAGUCGCACAGCGCGCCAAAUAUACGCUCUUGGGGAGGUGGAGAAGGUAUGGCAUUCUGCAUCCUGUGCACAGAAGAACAACCACAGAGACUCCCCGAUCUGGACGCAGGACAUCACUCGACUGCUCUCCCUGGCGGCCUCUUCGAUCGCGCUUCUGUCCCUACCCCAGACCGACGGACCGGAGGACGCAGACUUGCCAAACGGCGCAGAGCGUUCUGAGAAGUUCGUCGACGUCGCGAACGAGUACUUCGAACGUCUGGACGGCAUACACAUCGGCAUCCGGUCCUCUCUCGCGCAUAUCAGGCAGUCCCGCAUCGCGCCGUCUACUAUCAAUGCGCCUCCGCCGGGAUUCAUCCCUCCCUCACUUGGCGUGGGGCUGCCUUCCGCCGAUGCCGACGGGGUCGCAAGAGGGACCCGCGGGCUCCAGGAAGAGCGCAUGGAACGCGAUGCCUGGAAGGGCAUACUCAACGCACUCGCCCGGAUCAAGGAGGCGAGAGAUAAGGAGAAGGCAGACGCUAUGGAGUCAUGA